UGAAGACGACGACGACGACGACUACGUUGUAGAUUGAUGCGUAGACUUGCAUGCCAUUUGUGCGCCAUUAAGACCGUUGUGAGUAGCCUGUAAAUAUAGUGUGCCUCUCCGUCUCCUCCCCGUGCCUAUAUAUUUAAAAAAACUCGACACCAGCCUUCAAGUGAACCAGCGCGCCAAGCAAGGAACGUUUCUCAGGCACAGUCAUGCUUCUCUGCAUCCUGCUGUGGACGGCUGCAUCAGUGCUGACGCCUGCAGUUCGCGGCAAGGAAGAUGGUCAGCGCCACCCGCUGCCGAGUUCCGGACCAGCGUCUUCUUGCACGACGUCGAGCUCCGCGUCCGAGGGCUACUGCGCGACAGGCGCUCCGGAGAUGGUCGUGACGACGACCUCGUCAAUGCUGACGGCGAGUUCGGUGGACGACAACCCAGACGGAGGCGUUACCGCGAAAACGGCCAGCGUGGUGAUGACGAGCACGUCGGUGACGGCGCAGACUGGGCGGGAGAGGCUGACUGCGGCUUCGUCGACCAUUUCCUCGACAGCGUCGACGUCGACAAGCACUACGGCAUCGGCUGCUGUUCCCGCCGAGAGGAGUCGCGUGGGGACGUCUUCCUCGCCGACGGUGACCACCACGACAACGACUAGCACUUCUACGACGACGACAACGACGACGACCGUGAGCUCCCGUAGCGAGCGCCAGUCGUCUAUAGGGCAUCGCGCUGCCGAUGGCAUCUCUGGAACAGAGAAGCGACUGGACAGAAUCGAUGCGGCAAUUGGAGAGAGCAGGGACGCUCUGGAAGCCGGUCAUGCUGCAUAUUCAAGAGGCGCAAGGAAGCCCUCAGAUACCCCGGAUUUGGGAGAGGACCGCGAAUGUAGCGGCGGCGGGGACGUGGCUCACGAAGGCCUCUGCAUGGCUUAACGUUGGGGUAGUGCGCCUGGGCGCACCAAGAGUGUUUCGGUGCUCCUGCGUUCGCUGUGUUGUUGCGUGUGCAAGUAGACUGUUGUUUGGUGUUCUCAAAAAUAAAAGAAGAUGAAUUUUU